UGCCUGGGGUGUUGAGCCAAAUUCCAAACAGGUGCUCAAGACCCUAAUAAGCUAAUAAGUUCAGAACUAUGAACCAGGUUUAAGUCUCUACGAAGUCGGCACCUCUGUGGGAUUGAGUAUAAAGCAAUCUGUAUGGUUUUGCCUUUGAAGAUUUUGGUAAUGUGUUGCUAUCUUUGCGUUAAAAAUCCACGAUGAAAUUUUGUCACGACGAAGUUCUGAAAAGUUGACCGAAAUUUUUUCGACAAAGUUUAUCCGACGAAAAUUUCUGCUGUUAAUUUACUAGAAUAUACGUCAUUGUUAUUUUGGGCAAGGUGCGAGCACAAGAAGUCAAGCGUAGCUGCGAGUAUUUGCAAGUUUUUCGGGCUUGGCCUACGAAAAGAAACGUCGUUGAAUAACAGGUUUUACAGUACUUCAGGCUUAACUUGUUUUUAAUUGUUCUUAAUUUUUUGUAUUGAUUGAUUGUACGAUAUAUUUAAUUUUUGUUGUUACAAUAGAGGAUAAGCACUGAUUCAGACUCCCGUGUAUCAAUUUUAAGGAUUGUAUAAGGCAGUCAAUUUACUGCAUGGAACUAAAUUUUUAUCAGAUUUUUUAAUUCUUUUGAAUGUUGGACUGUUUUGAUUUCAUCUGGAAGUGAGUUAAAGAUUUUCGACCCUUGGAAACUGAGCGACUGAUUACAAAAUUUCUAGUUCCAACCUUUGGUAUUACAUUUUUCAUACUAACUAUAGAUGUUAAAAUUGUUUCAAUGCUUUUAACGCAACGCGAGAAGAUGCACGUUUUGAUGCAUGUUUUCUUAUGAAAUUGUUCUAUGAAAGAGUGUACUUAUUCUUUAUAGGCUGGUGUUAUUUCAAGCAAUAGCCUUUAGAAAAGGUCUGACUUGGAGGUGAUUCCUUGAUUUUUCUUGCCAGAAGUGCUAGAAAGAACAACGUAAGAAUAUAGCAAGCCACGUUGAAAAACGGAGCAUAUUUUGUCAGAAUUUUGUCUACUGAAAAUGUUAUUUAGUGGACUUUGCGGAAAUUUUUUAGAAUGUAGCUAUAAAAAAUAAAUGUUGAAUAAGAUCGGCAUUACGAAAACCCAAGCUUUUAAAAUUAUGCGAAAAAUAGGAACAUCGAGUCACUGCCAUCGGGUUCAUAAAACAAUAGAGUGUAAUACACCAAUGCCUUAAUUUUUUCUGUGAUUAGGAAAGUUUUCCCUUAAAUAUUCACUUCCUCUCCCCCCCCCCUUUUCCUCCGCUUUGUCAUCUGGGUCAUUCCAAAACUUGUAAAUCCCACCAUUAGUUCUCUUUGUAUUGUAUCUCAUCUAACAAUCUGUUUUGUGUUUGUAACCACUGUUGCGAGGAUAAAGGGUUUGUGCAAUAAAGCAAAAAGAGAUUUUGAUGCUUCAACGAUUCGCGUUAUUCAAUGUGGCUGGACUUAAUGCAUUGCUAUCUUUCUCACGAAAGUCGAAAAGGAAAUUGAUGUGUUGGUAGUUUUGAGCAAAAUACCGAAAAGCUCAUGAAGAAAAAGACAUGACACAGAGAUAAAGAGAAGGAUCAUGAACUCGAGCCAUCCAAGUCAAGACGUUUUUCAGCUCAAUGCCAUCUUUACAACUGAUGUUCGUGCGUUAUUUGGCACUAUCGGCCUAAUUUUGGUAAUAACAGGGCUGCUUGGCAACUCAUUUGUCUGCCUCGUCGUCUUCAAAACCAAAGUAAAGAAGAACAGUACGAAUAUUCUAAUAGCAAAUCUUGCAAUUGCAGACUUGAUUCAGUGCCUCAAUACUGGAACCAUUGCAGCCACUGUAAUUUCUGGCAAAUGGUUGUUUGGCCAUAUUGGAUGUCGCAUAUCAGCUUAUGUUAUGAUGUGCACAGUGUUUGCAAGCCUUUACCUGCUAGGUCUGAUCAGUAUAAAUCGUUUUUGCAAUAUCAAGUAUCCUAUGAAUUACCACCAGCUAUUUUCCAUCAAGAGAACGUGGAUUAUGGUGCUUUUGACAUGGGUAGCUGCUUUUAUCGCCUCCUCACCUCCUUUAUAUGGUUUGGAGUUUGCUACGUAUGAAUUUCGACCAACCCGGUGCUUGUGCUCAAUGGACUUUCACAAGAGUUCCCGCUUCUUUGUUUCUUACACAGUUAUCUCAGCGCUGCCUGUCUUCUUAAUAAUUGUUUUGUACUUGCAAAUAUUCAAGAUUGUUAGGCGUAGUCGACGGAAAGUGACAUUCGAUCUUAAAUCUUCUUUUGGGCCGAGACAGUAUGGCUGGAAACCCGAAACAUCAACUUCACAAGUUUCUUUGAAAAUCAUUGGGAACGAGAGAGGAAAGGGACAGCUCUCUGACCUAACAGAUAAUAACAGCUCAAAAACUGCUUAUGGAAAUAGCGGUAUGUUGAUGAUAACUAUCAUGCUUUUCGUUAUUAUUCUUAUCUUUUUUGUUGUCUAUACCCCAGCAAUGGUGGUUAACGCGUUGGAGAUGGUGAAUCCGUGGAAAAAACCAAACGUAUGGGUGGACAUCUCUGUUACACUUCUGGCAUUCUCAAAUCACGCUAUAAACCCUAUUGUUUAUGGCUUCAUGAACACCCAAUACAGAAAAGCAUUCAAGCACUACUUUUUGUUCUGCUGAAGUUCUACACAGAACAAGUCAUUCAUCAAACCACCAGUUUAUACUUCAUGAACGGAUUGAAAAGGUUCAAAUAGUAGACUGUGUACAGCUAGAAUCAACCUGUUAAUACAUACAUUUUUAGCGUAUAUAUAGAUGUUAGUAUCAACAGAUCCUCCAGUACAAAUCUGCUGCCCCUGGCCUUUGAACUUUAAGAUAUAUCCAUCGCUUUAUGCUAAACGGAUAUAUCAACAUCGUCACUCUAUACUCUGCAUUCUGACUCCGAAUUUUCCAAGAAUUGAAAACAAAAGACAAACGUCAUUUUCAAUCCCACCCAAUAAUAAGAAGUAACAUCAUGUUUAGUUCUUUGCUGUGGAGACAUAGAGCAGUGGUUUAACUUUUAGUCGCUAAUUCAACACCAAAAUUUUGCCACAAAAGAGGUGUUCAAUGUGGCCGUAUCCAAAAAUUCAAGAUUUUUACAAAUUCAAUAUCUAUUUAGCUAAAUACUCGUCGUCCAGUUUACUCGUCGUCGUACAAUCGAUUUAGCUAAAUACUCUCUUACUUUCAAAGCAUUAGGUUCAGCUAACAAUUUAGGCCCUGUUUACACCGCUUUCAUUUCGUAUCGGAUCACUCUUCUUAUCGGAUAGGCGGUAGUACAGCGAAACCGGGGCAGGUCCCCUAUGAUAUUAUUUAUACAAGGUUCAGGUAGAUGUUGGGCUAGACCAUAAACAUCGUGUUAAAUGUAUCACUUAGCGUCAUUGGUAACUGUUAAAAACUUGUGUAUAAAGGCAACGCGUUGUAACAUGUAUAGUAUACAUUAACAAAUGCAUGAAAGGCAUAUGAAGCUCAUAUUUUAUAGUUUCCUUCUGAAGUAAGCCUGAUGAGACCUGUUAUUCAUCCAUGUUCCAAUAAAAACUUGACUACAUAUUCAGAUUCUGCGCGAAUUAAAAUGUGGUAUUAAAGGGAUAAAUAGCUUCAAAGGGCAAAAUCCUCCAUGUUUUUAGGCUUUUUAGACUUAAUCAGAAAUUUCAAAAUGGACAUCGCAAAUCAGUUUUUGCCAAAUUUGAUUAAAACCUGAAUUCCUGUGGCUUCUAGGGGGUUCUAAAUUCUUUGAAAAACAUUUUAUCAUAAAUUGUAAUGAGCAAGGCAUGAUAUUUUUCGCAAUGUCAUCGAAUCCAUAAUCUUCAUGCGCGUAUUCAAUACAAACAUGACAUCUCUCCAUUAGACAUUCCUACAUUCCUUCUUGACAAAUGAUUUGAAGACAGUUUAGCUUCAUUGAAAGAUCAGAAUUGCCAUGAGAAGAUCAUACCCAUUUGAUGAAGUAGUUGGUCUUUGGAACGUUUCAGAUCAUCUCCAUAAAUGCUGUUUUCAAUUAUGGGGUUUGCUUUCAAUCAUGGGAAGCCUGAUAUCAAUAUGACUUUCUAUGCAAAAUGUUGCUUAGUUGCAGGCCAUCAUAAAAUAUUUCGGAAACGCAACAUGUAGCCAAAUCACGGGAGCAAACUAAGAUCUUGCAGCCUUGAAGGUGUUUCAAGCUUAACAAGGGGAAAACAUGAAGGUUAGUCAUGAGUAAUGUCGGACACCUCCAAUUACUUUGCCAAUCUGUCAAUACCACUAUUUCUUUUCGAUAAAAUUGUUUGUUCUUAGGAAAUCAUAUCUAUAACGGGAUUCUAACCGAUCUCGUAUUAUUAAUUGUUAUCUUGCACAGAACAUUAUUAAACUGGAAAACUGCCUUCUCUUGCCGGGAAAAGGGCUAAUUUAUUCCAUCAGUAUGGGUUUUAUCGAAAUUCAUACGCCAAGAGGUUUAAAUAAAAAACAAUGAGGCUAUUAGAAAAUUCAUUUUCCGUGACGGACCGACAAACGAUAGUUUCAUAAGGUCUCAAAAAUUAACCGUUAAUUGUAGAAUUUUCUCCUUUUGUGUCAUGAAAGAACUCACAAGGAGGCAGUGUGACUAGCAUAAUAUAAUGCUUUCAGCAUAAAAGUGACCAAAAAUUGUCAUUUAGCAUAAAUUCUAGCAUAAUUUGGAAUCUAGCAUAACUCUGGCAUAAUUUUGAUAGUUUUUGAAAAAUCGCUGUUUUCAUUGAUCUGUUGUCU